AGUACGCGACGAUCGCUCCAAGAUCGGUUGUCGUGUUCAGCGCAAUUUUACAACAGAUUUGCUCUUUUUUUUGUUUGCUUGCUGCCAGUGUGUGUGUGUCUGUGUGUGUGUUUCGGUUUUCGCUGUUAUUGUAAUUCUCGGUUUUGGCGUUUUUUGUUUUUUGUUUUUUUCUUUUCUGUUGUUUUUUUUUGUUUUCCCCUCCUGCACACUGAUCUCCGGCAGAGCGGCCAUAUAAAAAUUGAAGCGCAUACAAACGCAGCAUUUAGUCUGGUGUCAGCCUGUCAUCCCGUUACACACAGCGCUCUCCCCUCUUCAAUACGCAAGCGCCUGCACGCAGCACGCACAAAAGUAGGCACGCACGGAAGUACGCACGCAAAAGCGCACUCUCUUUCGCUCUCUCUCUCUCUCUCGCCCAGAGUCCAGCCGGCAAAAGUGCGCACAUUCCACCCCCGCCACACCACUGGACCAGCAGCAAAGACUCUGAUAGUGAUGUCGCCGCCAAGUCCCGCGCCAGUCCCCUGGCUGCUGCUACUGCUGCUGAUAGCAGCCGCAGCAGUGGCAUCAGCCCAGACGACACCGAUGGCGCUGGACGUGAACGAGAUACCACAGAGGUAUGACGAGGCGCAGCUCUGGAGGAUCUACAACAUAUCGGAGGCGAUGCAGCGGCAGGUGCCCGUCAGCCAGGUGCUCGAGCAGAAGUUCGGUGGCAACAUUUGGAAGGAGAACUCAAAGUUUCUGGACAUAUCCUUUGCCAAGGAGCAGCUGAAGGCGGCGCGCUCCUUCCUCAAUGCUCAGCGCCUGGAUGCCCAAGUGCUGUCCGGUAAUGUCCAGGCCCUGAUCGAUGAGGAGCACAUGGAUGGCAUCAAUGCCACCAGAGCGGACCCUGGCCAGCGAACAAAGAAGGCCACGCGGAGCAGCAUGCACUGGAAGGACUAUCACGAUCUGGAGACCAUCUACGCCUUCAUGCGGGAGAUCCGCAGCAAGUUCCCGAACAUUGUGCGCCUCUACACGAUCGGCCAGUCGGCUGAGGGUCGCGAUCUGAAGGUGCUGCGAAUCUCAGAGAAUCCGCGCGAGUACAAGAAGAUCUGGAUAGACGGCGGCAUCCAUGCACGCGAGUGGAUCAGCCCAGCGACGGUGACGUUCAUCCUGUACCAACUGAUGUCCAACUGGGAGAACCAGCCGGCCCACAUCCGCGGCCUCACGUGGUACAUCAUGCCCGUGAUGAAUCCCGAUGGCUACGAGUACACGCGCACCACCAACCGCCUGUGGCGCAAGAAUCGAUCGCCCACGCGUCGCUCCAGCUGUGUGGGCGUCGAUCUGAAUCGCAACUUUGACAUUGGAUGGUCGGGCUACGGCUCCUCGACGAAUCCCUGCAGCGACACGUACCGCGGCUCGGCGCCCGCCUCGGAGGCGGAGACCAAGGUCGUGACGGAGUUCCUCGCCAAGCGCAAGUACAAUCUGGAGGCGUAUCUGACGUACCACAGCUACGGCCAGAUGAUCGUCUAUCCGUGGGCCUACAAGGCCGUCAAGGUGAGGGAUGCCAGCGUGCUGCAGCGUGUCGGCAACACGGCCGUCCAGCGCAUUGCCCAGAAAACUGGCAGCACCUACGAGGCAGCGGUCACCCACGAGGUGCUGGGCAUUGCCGGCGGCGGCUCCGACGACUGGAGCCGUGCGGCGCUCGGUGUCAAGUAUGUGUACACCGUGGAGCUGCGUGAUCGCGGCGCCUAUGGCUUUGUGCUGCCACCCAAGUACAUCAAGGACACGGCCCUCGAGGGCUGGACCGUGGCCGAGACGGUGGCCCAGGCCAUUGGAUAAAUUUCGCUCCUCUUCCCGGAAUGAUGAGUGUCUGUCUGUCUGAAUGGUUGUUUGUCCAGUGAUUGAUGAUUAAUUAUUUAUGUGUGUGUGUGUGUGUGUGUGUGCCGAGUGUGUGUGCGUGUGUGUGUGUGUGUGUGCGUGGAUAUCCUUCAUUCUGUGUGGCAGGGAAAAUAAACAAAUCAAAGCUAUUUAUUUAUAGAA